UAACAACGUAGCAAUUGAUCACUCACUUGUUACUCAAGACAAUAGAACCUCAAAGAGGAAUUUAAUUCCAGAACAGAGGCGUGACCUUACUCGAAUGUCCUUCUUAGAGAAAAUGUCUACUUCAGAUUUGAUGGAGAACCUUAGGGAAGAACUGACCUGUUUCAUCUGCUUGGACUAUUUCACCAGCCCAGUGACCACUGAAUGUGGACACAGCUUUUGCCUGGUGUGUCUCCUGAGGAGCUGGGAGCAACAUAACACUCCUUUAUCUUGUCCUGAGUGCUGGAGGACCUUGGAGGCCCCUCACUUCCAGCCCAAUGAGCGUUUGGGGAGGCUGGCUGGCAUCGGCAAGCAACUCAGGUCCCAGGUGCUGCAGAGUGAGGACCAACAAGGCCCCUAUGGGAGAAUGCUGGCGGCCACUAUGAUGUACCCUGAGGAUGAUGAGGGUGUAAACGCUUUCUCAACUGAAUGUCAUGGAAUAAACAGAAUGUCUCUCUCCAGUGAGGCUGAGGAGCAUCACAAAGAGAAACUCCAGGAAAUCCUAAAUCUUUUGUGUAAAAAGAAAAAGGAAACUCAGGUUAUGUUAACCCACGAGAAGGAGAGAGUGAUACUGUGUAAGGAAGAGACAAAGAAUUGUAAACAGGUUGUUGUGUCCGAAUAUGUGAAAAUGCACCAGUUCCUGAAAGAGGAGGAGCAGCUGCAUGUGCAGCUGCUGGAAAAGGAGGAGAGAGAGAACCUGAAGAAACUGAGGGACAAUGAGAUCAAGCUGACCCAGCAAGUAAGGGGCCUGAGCAAAAUGAUUGGUCAGAUAGAGUCCGUGUGUCAGAACUCCAGUACAGCAUCUUUAGAGGAGAUGAAAGAAGCACUGGAAAGGAGUGAGCCACUGUUGCUUCAGUGUCCAGAGCCCACCAGCACAGAGCUGAGUCUGUGUCGCAUUACCGGAAUGAGGGAGAUGCUAAGAAAAUUCCACGCAGAUAUAACUCUGGAUCCAGACACAGCCAACGCCUAUCUUGUCUUGUCUGAGGAUCUGAAAAGUGUGAGAUAUGGAGGGAUCCGACAGAAGCUACCUGACAACCCAGAGAGAUUUGACCAGUCUGCAGCUGUGUUGGGUGCUCAGAGCUUCACCUGUGGGAGACACUACUGGGAGGUGGAAGUUGGAAACAAGACGGAGUGGGAAGUGGGCAUCUGUAAGGACUCCGUGAGCAGAAAGGGGAAUCUCCCCAAGCCACCCGGAGACCUCUUCUCACUUAUAGGCUUAAAAAUUGGAGAUGAUUAUAGCCUUUGGGUCUCAUCACCUUUAAAAGGUCAGCAUGUCAGAGAGCCUGUGCAAAAGGUCGGUGUGUUCUUAGACUAUGAGUCUGGACACAUAGCAUUCUACAAUGUGACAGACGAGUCUCUCAUCUACAGCUUCCCUCCAGAAUCCUUCGAAGAGGCCCUCAGACCUAUAUUUUCCCCUUGCCUCCCAAAUGAAGGGACGAACACAGGCCCCCUCACCAUCUGCUCACUGAGUAGCUAUGUCUGAGGGAGAUGCCCCUGAGUCUCCUCUGAGAAUGAGGUCUAAGACCAACAGAUGACUAUUCAUUAAGAUGACAAAUGUGUUGAUAGUAUUGACAUCAGGUGAUCUAAAAGUAAAGCUCCCCACCCCCAAAGAGUUUCCAUUGACUUGAGCCUACAAUGAACAGCCCAAUUGGACCAUCAACUUCUAACACAAAUAGGAGAAGGCCAAUCCUAUCCCGUGUCUUUAACUAAAUUUAUCAUCUAGACUGUCCCAUGUAUGCGCCGAUCACAAAACAUGUAGAGUUAGAACUAGCCCCUAUUGCCCUGAAUCCCACGGCCAUAGGCCAGUUUUAUAAAUAUAUAUCAUUUUUUUCAA